AUGAUCACUAGCGACAUGGCGAAUAUGCCAAUCCAGAGGCUCUUGCACAAUGCAAGGCAACAAAGAAGAGAAGGCUCUCCGAGUAUUGAUGACGACGCGCAUCUCCGUCUACGCCUUCUGGACGAAGCGUCAAAGCGCAUACCAAGCUCAUUCUCCACGCGUGGCACUCAAAGCCCGUCACACCACAGGCUGAGAACAGACCAGAUUUACUCUGCUGCAACUCUGCAGCGCGAAUGGUUCCUCUCGUUCCUGCAUGACAACCUUUCGAGGAAGCGUCCGCGUCUUCUCAAACUUGGCAGGCACAUCCGUGUCGAGCGAGAUGAGAACUCCACCAGGGUCUGCCUGCCUCCUCUCCAGUGCCAUCUGCAGCCGAAUUCUCCUACUCACGGACGAUGCCCGCUCGCAAGGGAGCAAACAUUAUUACAAUUACAAGCCCUCAUUCGCCGCAGGUCGUCAUGA